UCCUCUCCUCUUCUUUUUCUUUCUCUUUUCAUCCAUCGUACGUGUAAUUCCAUUAUCAAUAUAUUCAAUCGGCAUGCAUUCCCCUUUUGUUUCGUUCCCUUUGAUCCAAUUGAUCCAUACCUUCAAUUGAUCAAUCGGUAUAGUCUGCCUAGGUACUGCGACUAUAUUGGAAGCAUACGGACAAAAUGGUAUCAGGAGAAGCAACAAUCGACACCGGGAACCUUGUCAUCAUGGAAAUACGUACAGCUCUUCAAUUACAUAUUCCCUCUUCGAGAAAACCAAUACUCAGCUUGGGUUUUGAAGCAAAGAAGUCGAAAUCAUGUCAUUUGAAUUAUAUUGCUUUUGGGAAUGGGUUACAGACCCUGGUUGUCAACAUCAAUGCCUUAAGAAAGAAAGCAAACAAAAAAAAAAAAAAAAGUGUAGGUGCGACAAUCAAAAAAGCAUGAACGGGCAAUGUCGCGAAUAACUCCAUCAAUUUCACCAAUUUGAAAGCUAAGCAGGGCUUUCAUGUCUCCAUUCAUCGUUCGAUUCGAAUGCCCCCUUGAACGAAUACACAAUCGAGUCUAUUUUUCCUUCAGCAUCUAGGUAAUGGGGACAUAGCUAUGAUCUCUCUAUUACACAUUGAAUGUCACUACAGACAGACAGACCAAACCAAAAGAAAAUAGCUACAUUGCCUAGGUAGACACGUUACAUACAAAGCCUCAAAUACGAAGUUAAGUAUAGAAAAUCUGCAAGGUGGAUCUGGAUCAUCAUUGGGAUCUUUAAAGAACCUUCUGACAUUGUUCUUCAGCCUUCUUCACUGGGGUUAAGGUUAAGGAACAGGGUCACUGUCGAUAAGGCCAGCCCAAGCCGGCCCAUCCGUUAUUCCAUUCCAGUCCAAGAAUCAAUUGAUUAUCCUAUUUGCUGAAAUGGUAGUCUUUACGACUUCAAAUCUCCGUUAUUUGCUGGCCAUAUGCCCUCAUCUCACGCGUCAUUUCAGUUUCUUAUUGCUUUUCAAUGGGAACCAUCCGAUGAAUGGAUCCAUCAGAAAAUCUCCCACGACUUAAGUAAGUACGUACAAGGGGUAGGAAUAAAGGGGAAUUCCCAGCAGUUACUCUCGGAGGUUUUAUAUUUAUAACCCUUGAAUUCUAUAUGGAUGGUAGAGGAAUAGCGUGGAUGUUAAAUGGCUAAAUGGUUAAAUGCAACCUUCAAGCAUCGAUGGGAAUCUACAAUUGGGAAUUGAGCAUUGGGAACCACUCUCGUGCCAGUGUGUGUUAGCUACCUAGGUAGGUAUCUUCGUUGCCUACCUACUCAAGGGUUAUUGAUCAGUCCCUAUGCACCCCCUACCACACCAUUCGGCCAAAGUCCUGUUGAGCCUGACAAUUCUUGCCUGUCUACUCGAGUAAGGUAAAGAAGCCAAUUUGACAAAUCAACGCAUUAUUUUGCCAUUUAAUUCAUCUCCGUUCUUCAAUCGUCAUUAUCCUAUCACGUCCUACCUCGAUACUAUUUUUAAUCCCAUAAUCCUUGAGCAUUAAAACAAAUUUUGUUAUUAUUCAUGCUUCAAACCCAGAAAGAGGUCGCAGCGCCGGUGGAACAUGGCCUUACUUCUCCACACUUCAAUAAGGACGAGGGGUUUUUUUUAAAGUUGGCUCGGGAAGUAAAGUUCAUCCAGGAGUUAAGAUGGUUGGGUGAAGUGGGCCUAAAUCCCUGUUGCCGGUUUCUUAUUCUCGCCACAAUCCAUUUCUUGUUUCAAAAGCUUCUAUACUUCUUCCAGAGCUCUAAUGCCCUGAGAACCCAACAUUCUUCCCAUGGAUGUCCACUUCCACUCUGCCUAACUUUCGAUACCAAAUCUUCUUGGCGGGUCUACUCAUCACCCCCUUCCUUGUAUGUCAACAUUGUCAAGCCUUCUUUCGAUAACCAUGCUUUGAGCGUUACAAGCAUUGGCUCGGGAUCUUCUCAUCUUGGAACCCUAAUUGGGAAGCCAGGCAUAAUCGAAUUCCCAUCUCCCCGGCAGAGGACGUUGCUAAAGUUCUGCCAACAUGCAUCAUUUGCAUUGCGCAACACGGAAGCUGUCUCGUUCGAUGCGAAUCGCUGGAACGCUUUGGUCAUUUUAAUUACUGCUACUGCCCUACGCCAUUGAUGUCUAUGCAAGCUUUACUUAAAAGAUCAGACGAUAGAUAAAUGCAGAUGCACCCCCUCUCUCUUUAAUAUUUCUCCUUCCUUUUACCAUUUCAUCAACGGCUCUAAUCUACAGUGGUUCAUUCAUUCAAUAAGUUGCCGAAAAAGUUUGGAAAACAUUUUGGUCGUUGGUAAUUCGCAUAUUACCAAGGUAUGCAUUAUUCGGCUCUCACCUAUAUAACGGCAUUAUAUAGAUAAGUUUUCGAAACGCGCACAGUCGCAUCUGCUUUGUAAACAACGGUCAACAAAACCACAACAAGCGUUCUGGAAACAUAACGCGCUGCGGCAAUACUUCAACACCUUUUAGAAUUACCCCCAGCGACCUGCGAGAGCAGUUCGCUGUGGAGGAAUCCAUGUAUGUCUGGCUAUUCACGCCACAAUCCAGGGCACGAUCCUUAUAUCGAUUAUGCUGCUCAAUCCGAAGAACAUCCAGAGCGCGUUUACGGGUCGCAUCACCCAGAGCUCCAGCAAGUUGGUGCGCAAAGUCUCGAAUCCCUUCAACUUGGAGGGCAUCAUCAACAACAACAGCAGCAACAUCACCACCACCACCAAGUAUUGCUAGAUUCACACGGUAUGGCCCACCACCAGUCUCCUCAAUAUGGAGGCGGGCAACACAUCGGGUACAUGGGUGCGCAAAUACAACAGCCAUCUAGUGUAGGGAAAAGGCCAAGAACCCAUGAUGAAUUGGACAUUGGGAUGGGAAGGGUAUCAGAAGGCCAAAUGCAUGGGCAGAUGCAAGAUAUGUCUUCACAAAUGGCUCAACAAACGAUGGGUGGUUAUGGCGGUGGACCUCAAGCUUUUCACAGUCAUGCAUUGCCUAAUCAAGGACCUCGAGGCGCGAAGAUUCCUCGUCUUGGCGAAGGACCGGAUUCAAGUAUGAUGUCGCAAGGUGCACCUAGUGUAGUUGGCACCGCUGGAAUGCCGAUGCCUGCAGAAAGACCGCGAGGUCCAAAGUUAAAGUUCACUCCCGAGGAUGAUCAGUUACUGGUAGAUUUGAAAGAGAAUAAGGCUUUGACUUGGAAGCAAAUUGCGGAGUUUUUCCCAGGGCGCUCUUCAGGGACAUUGCAGGUCCGGUAUUGCACAAAAUUGAAGGCUAAGACAACUCAAUGGACUGAUGAGACGGUUCAAAAACUUCGAACAGCGGUUCAUGACUACGAACAAGAAAAAUGGCGCAUUGUGGCACAGAAAGUUGGGACCGGGUUCACAUCUACGGCUUGCAAAGAUAAAUGGACUGAGCUGAUGAACCCCGAUGAUUCCGAAUUGCAAUCACCAGAACCUGAAAAUCUACCUGAAGAUUCAGAAUAUUAACUUCACGCGGACCAAUUUUUGUCAAGUUUCUUUUGCAUCUCACCUACCUAUAAGCACAGACAUUGCAUACACAACACUUCCUCAGCCAGCACAGCCGACUAGAUUACCGACGCGACACAGAUUUCGCAUUAUAUUUUUAUUUGUUGCACCACACACAUUUACACAUACCCAGCAUACAACAUUUCCUAUUUGAAAAUCCGAAAGCAAGAAGUUCACCAACUAAUACCGGAUGAAAGCGGCUGGAUCGCUUUUUGUCUCAUUCAUCUAUUUAUUGCUUAUUCCUGGACUAUAAUGGUCAACUACAUUCCCAUUUCCUUAUAUUUCGUUUUAGGAAGGAAGAACAAAAGGGAGGAAAGGAGGAGCACAUAUAUACAUGGAAACUUUCGAGAUUCGAAUACACCAAAAAAAUACUAUUCAUGAUGAGAAAUGGAAGGGGUGGGAGGAGGUUGUAAUUGUACAAUUGGUGGGUUGGGGUUACAUAUGGUAGACGGCUGAUGGAGUGAGAGGGGUGAGAGGGGUGAGACGAGGGAGGUAUAUCUUCUGGAUGACUGCUUAUCAUGUUGGACAUGGUCUUUUUUUAAAACUUCAUAUACCCCUUAUUUUGAUAUGAUGAUGGAUGAUGGGCCAAGGCAGGGUUUUGGAUGGAAUAAUGGAAUUUUUUUGGAAUAUACACAUACACAUUUUAGUACCAAGUUUUAUUUUCGUUUUUAUUUUUUUCUUGUUUUUGCUUUCUAUGAUGGUGAUGAUGAUGAUGAUGAUGAUGGUAAAGAGGGGUGAAGAGUACCUAUGUUUGAGAAGUGAUGGAUAAGCGGGGUUGUGUGAAAAAUAAAUGUAAGGGGGGCGUUUGGAGAUGAGAGGGGUGUGAUGGAUGAUGUGUGUUGUGUUUGUGA